AUGGCCCUGCUGGGUCUCGCGGCUCUUCCCCAGGUAGCUCUGGGAUCAUGCCCGUAUGCUCAGCAGAUGGCCCGGGAUACCAGCAACAUCCCGUCAGGUCAUCCGCAUGUGCACUCGGCACGCAGCAGCGACAGCGAUGCCAUUACAGCACUAGCAGGCAAAAAGGGUGUGUUCUUGAUGAACCGGAUUGGCCCUGGUUCAUCGCAGCUUUACAUCGCCAACGCGGACGGCACCAACGAACGCCCUCUCCUUUCGAACCCGGUCUUCGAGUACCACGGUGAAUUCUCGCCUGACGGUCAAUGGAUCAGCUUCACGAGUGAGCGCAACGGCGACGGCAAUUCAGAUAUCUACCGUGUGCGCACCAAUGGGUCAGACCUCCAGGAACUUGUCUCCACCUCGUCGAUUGAGGAUAGCGCCGUACUUUCACCGAACGGCAAGCUCGCCGCAUACGUGUCCACCACGAACGGAUACAAAGCGAACAUUUGGGUACUUGACAUCCAGUCUGGAAAGAAGUGGAAUAUUACCAAUACGCCCUUAACCCCCGCUGCGAAUGAGUCCCUGCCCAACGGAUACUUCCGUCCCUCGUGGUCGCCCGACGGACAGUGGCUUGCGUUCUCGUCGGAUCGAAACUCGGGCUGGUAUGGACAUGGGGAUCCUGUGUUCCUUGGUGUUUCGGGAUGGGAGCAUACGCAGGAAUUAUCUGUUUAUGCGGUUCGUCCCAAUGGGUCUGAUUUCAGACAGAUUGUCUCGAAGAGCGGGUAUUCGUUGGGUUCUCCGAAGUGGUCGCAUGAUGGAUCGCGGAUUAUUUACUACGAGAUGACUCGCGACACAACUUGGGAUGCGCACCGGCCGGAAUCCGUGGGAUCUGCGAACUCGACGAUUGUUUCUGUUGAUUUUGCGACGGGCAAGGACCGCAGGGUUGAGGUUUCGGGGACUGGUGUGAAGAUUUUCCCGCAAUUCCUUGAUGCAAAUAAUACCGUUGGAUAUCUCUACAAGGGUGGUACCAAGGAGGGUCUCUACAACACGAAUGGACGGUACAUCAACACGACGGACGUGACUAUUCGUUCUCCCGCGUGGUCUCCCGACGGAAAGAAGAUGGUCUACGAAAAGACAGACUGGAACAUCCGCCCCAUGGAAAAGAAGCUAUACUCCUGGGACAACGACUGGGAGUACCGCUUCACAGAUGUCUUCCCCCAACUCUCCAACCAGAGUGUCCUCGCCUAUACCGAAAAGCAACUAGGCAACUCCUCCGUUGUCUCCAGAAACCCGGACAACACCACCGCACGCCUUAUCCUCGAUGACAUGAACACCGACUUCAUCAGCACCUCUGAAGUCUCCCAGGGCCUCGCAGGUGCCUUCCAACCUUCCUGGUCCCCUGAUGGCGAAUGGAUUACUGUGGGAGUGGGCUUCUGGUUCCAAACCCGUGCUGAAAGUGGCGGCUGGCUCGUCCGCGCCCCGACUAAUGGCUCCUCGAACUACGAGGUCCUCACCGAAUCCACCAGCGACUUAACCAGUAAUACCUCCGCCAUAAACUCGGGAUUCCCGUCUUUCUCGCACGACGGCAAGAAAAUCGUCUACCGUGUUUGGGGCGCAAACUCCACCGCCGGCGAUCGCAACCAACUUGGCCUGCGCCUCCUCGACCUCGAAACCCGUAACAUCACCACCCUAACAAACGAAUGGGACAACCUCCCAUUCUUCUCCCCCGACGGGAGCCGCAUCGUCUUCACCCGCAAAACUAGCCCUACAAACUACGACGUCUGCACAAUGAAUCCUGAUGGAACCGACAUCAAGGUGUUGACGAGCAGCGGCGCAAACGACGCACAUGCUGUGUGGUCCCAUGAUGGGAAAAUUAUCUACUCGACGGGCAUGUUCGGAUUCCAGUAUGAGUGUGCGCUUUAUGAUCAGACGUUUCAGCCAUAUGGGCAGAUUGCGGUUAUGGAUGCGGAUGGAAGCAACAAAAGGGUGCUGACGGAUUCGAUUUGGGAGGAUAGUAUGCCAUUGUUUGUGCCCAGCGCUGAUUUAUAAGGUUUUUAAGGAACUUUAAUGUAGAAGUAUGUUGUAUGAUACGUUUAGGUUGGGUUUUACUGUUAAAAGUUCAUUUUAAUACUCAC